AUGGUGCUUAGCGAAGCGUAUUGGGCUUUAGAGUCUCUGGUUUUGUUAUUGGGCGAGGAAAUUUCAAGGGAAAAGACCUCGGGAAGUUUGGGCUAUGAUUUUAUGAAUGAAAAUCGGGAUAAUGAAUGUGGGAACUUGGAUGAGACGAAAGAUGAUGACCCAAAGACCCCCGAUUAUGAUGACGAGGACCAUGAGGAUAUUCCAAGGACUAGUCUUCGUACGAAGACCCUUUUUCCCUUGUUUGUAAAAAUGCCCAAUGCAUUGUAUGCAUCGGAGACAAUCGAAGUACUUAUGAGUAUCGGACACGGACUUCCGUCACUUCGCACAAAAUGA